UCCCCCUGUCCUAGAGAAUUUUCCCGAGUUUAAGAUUCUGAAACUGGACAUGAAGUGCUUAAAGGACGGGUUUUUGCAUCACAUUCGCUCCAUUAAAACUGGUUCAGCCUUGACCGCAAUCUCAUCGAACCAACUCGUUAAUCUUUACUCAAAAAAUGGCUUAUUGCGGGACGCUCGGAACGUGUUCGACGAAAUGCCUGAGAGAAACGUCUACUCGUGGAACGCGGUGAUCUCUGCCUAUUUAAAGUUCAACAACUUAAAGGAAGCGCGUGAGUUGUUCAAAAGUGCCAAUUGUGAGCGAGAUUUGAUCACGUACAACACGUUGCUUUCAGGGUUUGCCAAAACUGAUGGGUGUGAGAGUGAAGCUAUUGAGAUGUUUGGUGAGAUGCAUAGGAAGGAGAAUGAUGGGAUUUGGGUAGAUGAUUUCACUGUCACUACUAUGCUUAAGCUUUCUGCCAAGUUGACCAAUGCGUUUUAUGGCCAACAGUUGCAUGGAUUUAUGGUGAAAACCGGGAAUGAUGCAACUAAGUUUGCCGUUAGUUCUCUCAUUCACAUGUAUUCGAAAUGUGGGAAGUUUAAGGAAGUUUGUAAUGUCUUUAACGGAUCGUGUGUUGAGUUUGUUGAUAGUGUGGCUAGGAAUGCAAUGAUUGCAGCUUAUUGUAGAGAAGGUGACAUUGAAAGAGCUUUGAGUAUAUUCUGGAGAAAUCCAGAAUUGAAUGAUACAAUUUCGUGGAAUACAUUGAUUUCAGGGUAUGCACAGAAUGGCUAUGAAGAAGAAGCUAUGAAGAUGGCUGUUAGUAUGGAGAAAAAUGGGUUGAAAUGGGAUGAACACACUAUCGCAGCUGUACUAAAUGUUCUGAGUAGUUUGAAGAGCCUGAAGAUUGGGAAAGAAGUACAUGCUCGGGUAUUGAAGGAUGGAUCAUAUUCUAAUAAGUUUGUAAGCAGUGGAAUUGUUGAUGUUUACUGCAAGUGUGGAAAUAUGAAGUACGCGGAGUCUGUCCAUUUGUUAUAUGGUUUUGGAAACUUGUAUUCGACGUCUUCAAUGAUCGUUGGUUACUCUUCUCAGGGCAAGAUGGUUGAAGCAAAAAGGUUAUUUGAUUCUUUAACUGAAAAGAAUCUUGUGGUCUGGACUGCGAUGUUCUUGGGAUAUCUCAAUUCAGGUCAACCUGGUUCUGUGCUUGAUCUUGCACGUGAAUUUAUUAUAGCCAAGGAGACCAAAAUUCCUGAUUCUUUGGUCAUGGUUAGCAUCCUUGGUGCAUGCUCUUUACAAGCUUCUAUGGAACAUGGGAAGGAGAUUCACGGUCACAGCUUGAGAACAGGCAUUUUAAUGGAUAAAAAACUUGUUACCGCGUUUGUUGACAUGUAUUCAAAAUGCGGAAAUGUUGAGUAUGCUGGAAAGGUCUUUGACAAUAGCUUCGAGAGAGACACAGUUAUGUACAACGCCAUGAUAGCUGGUUGUGCUCAUCAUGGCCAUGAAGCCAAAUCUUUCCAGCUUUUUGAAGACAUGACUGGGGGUGGAUUUAAGCCGGAUGAAAUCACGUUUAUAGCCCUCCUGUCAGCUUGUCGUCACCGCGGCUUAGUCCUAGAAGGUGAGAAGUACUUCAAGUUGAUGAUAGAGGUUUACAACAUAUCCCCCGAGGUUGGUCACUAUACCUGCAUGAUAGAUUUGUAUGGUAAGGCCAAUAGGUUGGACAAAGCCGUGGAACUUAUGGAAAGUAUUGAUCAAGUUGAUGAAGAUGCUGUUAUUCUUGGUGCGUUUUUAAAUGCUUGUAACUGGAAUAAGAAUACAGAGCUUGUGAAGGGAGUGGAAGAGAAGUUGCUAUUCAUUGAAGGAUCUAAUGGGUCUCGUUAUAUUCAACUAGCUAAUGCAUAUGCCUCGUCUGGUAAAUGGGAUGAUAUGCAACGCAUACGGAAUCUUAUGAGAAGGAAGGAGCUAGGGAAAUUUUCUGGUUGCAGCAAGGCAUAUAUCGAUAAUCAAGUUCAUAUGUUUACUUCCUCUGAUGUUUCCCAUUCCAAAACAGAAGCUAUAUAUGCCAUGAUCCAUUUUGUGACCAAGGAUUUGUCUGAAAUAGCUGAAAUCAAGAUUAAGAGAGAGUUUGAAGUAAGCUGGGAAGAGACCAAGAACACCAACACAAAGCAAGCAGUUAAGAUAACAACAACUGAAACAACGUCAAACCAACACAAAACAAAAACAGCAACAGAAACCAGUACAAGAAACAUGAACUCAUGAAGAAAUCAAAACACAAAGCGAAAACCUUCCAAAACAAAACCUGUCUUAGCAAGUUGCAGCAGGCAAUUUACAUUUCUCUGGGAGUUUAGCAGCAAGGCCAAAGUCGAUCCCACUGAGAAAGGGAUUGAAUUUGUUUUUCUCCUUGCAGAGACACGGGAAGUCGGCCUUAGACAGGGCAGUGCAGCAAGGGCCCAAGGGAUCAAUGUCGGUGGUCAAUGGGUUCUUAGUCUGCACGUAGGGCUUGCAAGAGUACAGACCAGCUAUGGUCAUACCGCAGGUGUUCUGUCCGGUUGCUGCCGUGAGUGUCAAGG